AUGAUCCUCAAGGCAUCGACCCUCGCCAAUGGCAAGGGCAAGCUCUUCGAGGGGCAGCAGUCCCUUCCUUCUCUCCCCGUCCCCGCCCUUGAGCAAACCUUGAAGAAGUACCUGCGCUCCACCGUGCCUCACCAGGCCAACGAACAGGCCCUCGAGAAGACGCAGGCGGCUGUCGAGUCGGCUCUCAGCGGCAAGGACCACGAGCUCUUCAUGACCCUCCAGAAGCGAUUGCAGGAGCGUGCUGCCUCGCCCGAAUCGGACGGCAACUGGCUUGCUAGCUGGUGGAACACCGCAGCUUACAUGUCGUAUCGCGACCCCGUCGUCCCAUACGUCUCUUACUUCUACGCACACAAGGACGACAAGCUGCGCACUACUGCGCCGAAGCGCGCAUCUGCCCUUCUCAAGGGCGUUCUGGCCUUCCGCAAGCUCGUCGAAUCCGAAGAGCUCGCCCCGGAGAAGACCAAGACAGGCUACCUCUGCUCUGGCUCCUACCCUUGGAUGUUCAACGCCUCGCGCAUCCCGGUCAAGGGAGAGGACGAGGCUGUCAAGUACCCGGCGGACAAGAACAACCAUGUAGUGGUGGUGAGGAAGGGCAGGUUCUACGAGUUUGACCUCGUGGAUGGCAGUGGGAAGGAGCUCAGCGCGGCGGAUAUUGAGGCGCAGCUGGACAAGAUCCUCGCCCAGGCCUCUGAGCCCGAGUCUACGCCUGUUGGCGCCCUCACGUCGGACAACAGGGACAAGUGGCUCUCCUCCCGCGAAACUCUCAUGUCCGCCUCGCCCAAGAACAAGGAGGCGCUCGAGCGCAUCCAGUCUGCCGUAAUUGUCCUCUGCUUGGACGACCUCAAGCCCGUCACGCGCGAGGACUCGGCAUGGCAGCUCUGGUACGGCGAUGGCAAGAACCGUUUCUACGACAAGCAGCAGCUCAUCGUCUUUGACAAUGGCAAGUCGGGCUACAUGGGCGAGCACUCCACCAUGGACGGCACGCCCACGCUCCGCAUGAAUGACUUCAUCAUCCAGGCCAUCGCCGCCAACAAGAUCGACAUGGGCGCUUCCGAGCCGCAGGGCAAUCUGGGCACCCCCAAGCCGAUUGGCUUCGAGCUCGAUGCAAAGAGCAAAGAUGCGGUCAAGCAGUCGAUCAGCAACUUCGAAGCCCUCAAGGCCAAGCACGAUCUCUCUAUCCUCGACUUCCAGGGCUACGGAAAGAAUGCCAUCAAGGCGUACAAGUGCUCACCGGACGCAUGGGUUCAGAUGGUCAUCCAGCUCGCAUUCUUCAAGAAGCAUGGCCACCCUGCCCCAACGUACGAGUCUGCGCAGACCCGCAAGUUCAAGUGGGGACGAACAGAGACGAUCCGCUCUUGCUCGCCUGAGUCGCAGGCAUUCGUCGAAGCGAUGCAGGACCCCGUCGGGAGGGAUGAGGACAGGUACGCAAAAUUCCAAGCGGCGGUAAAGCAGCACCUCAACUAUGCGACUUCAGCUGCGGACGGACAGGGGGUGGAUCGCCACUUGUUCGGACUGAAGAAGCUCCUCAAGGAUGGAGAGGAGGUGCCCGCCCUGUACAAGGAUGAGGCCUUUGGCAAGUCCUCCAACUGGCAGCUGUCCACCUCUCAGAUCUCGAGCGAGGUCUUCUCUUCUUGGGGGUACGGUGAGGUAGUCCCGGAUGGGUACGGCUGUGCGUACGCUAUCAAGGGUGACUCGCUCACGUUCACGGUUACGAGUUUGAAGCUGGGAGCUGGGGAGCUGACCCACUACUUGAAUGAGGCGGCGUUGGAGUUGAGGGAGAUGCAUGACAGGUUGGCAAAGGCGAGGGAGGCCGAGAGUGGCAAGGGGAAGUUGUGA